UUCGUUUUUUCGUUCUCAUCCAUUAUCUCUCUCCUUCUUCACUGUCCAUUUUCCUCUUCUUGAAUCGCUAUCGAACGGAUUGGGACCGAUACUUGCUAACCCGGACACUCGCCUCCCUGAUCUCUCGCUCCCUGUCUCCUUCUUCCGGCAAGCAUUUCCCGGAAAGGCUGGGGGAUCCGGAGAGACCCUCCCGUUGGUCUAGGGUUUUUUCCUCCAGAUUUGAAUCGGCCGUUCCUUUGUUUUUUUGCGCGCUCUGAUCGGAAUUUCUGUCUCGGUUCGAAGGAGAUCCCGAUUGUUUCUUCCUGGCUUGGCUCGAGAUCCCGGGCCAAGCACAGAAGAACCGCUUCACCGUUUUCAGAUUCACUUCCUUCUCUCCGGACUCGGGAAGCUGACUGCAGCAGAGAAGGUAUUGUACAGGAUUCAUUGUGUAAAUGGCGUCAAAUGAGGGAUUUCUAACUGAUGAGCAGAGAGAAGUGUUGAAACUUGCCUGUCAGAACGCAGACAACCUGACUUCACCGCCUAAAAGCUUGUCGUCGUCACCUAAAUCCCCUUCAGGGUUGCGUCCUGAACACUUUGUGAGAGUUCCUGGUGCUGGCAAAGCAUCCACAGGUGGUGCUGGUGGCAGGCAUGUAAAGCGAUCACACUCUGGCAAGUACGGGAGAGCAAAGAAGGAUGGUGCUGGUGGGAAGGGAACAUGGGGGAAGCUUCUUGAUACAGAAGGUGACAUCCAUAUUGAUCGCAACGAUCCUAAUUAUGACAGUGGAGAGCAGGAACCCUAUAAGCUCGUUGAGGCUACCCUAUCUGAUCCCUUGGAUGACUACAAGAAAGCUGUUGCUUCCAUAGUAGAAGAGUACUUCAGUACUGGGGAUGUGGAAGUUGCAGCAUCAGACCUCAGAGAACUUGGAGCCAGUCAAUAUCAUCCAUACUUUAUCAAAAGACUCAUUUCCAUGGCCAUGGACAGGCACGACAAGGAGAAGGAAAUGGCUUCUGUUUUACUGUCCUCACUAUAUGCUGAUGUCAUAACUCCUGCCCAAAUCCGGGAUGGUUUUGUCAUACUUCUCGAAUCUACUGAUGACCUUGCUGUAGAUAUAUUGGACGCAGUAGAUGUCCUUGCUUUAUUUGUCGCACGUGCAGUGGUUGAUGAGAUACUCCCACCUGCAUUUCUCCCCCGAGCAAAGAAAACUAUUCCUGAAGCAUCAAAGGGAUUUCAGGUUCUACUGACAGCUGAAAAAUCCUACCUUUCAGCUCCUCACCAUGCUGAGCUUGUGGAGAGGAGAUGGGGUGGUAGCACUCGCACCACUGUUGAAGAGGUGAAGAAGAAGAUUGCCAAUCUGUUGAGGGAGUAUGUUGAGAGUGGAUAUGCUGUUGAGGCUUGUAGAUCCAUUCGAGAACUAGGGGUUACAUUCUUCCACCAUGAGGUUGUGAAGAGAGCUUUAGUUCUUGCAAUGGAGAUGCAAACUGCUGAACCACUCAUCUCCAAGCUCCUGAAGGAAGCUUCGGAGGAAGGGCUCAUAAGUCCUAGUCAAAUGACCAAAGGCUUUGCUCGAUUGGCAGAGAGCCUCGAUGACCUUGCACUUGACAUUCCAUCUGCUAAACCCCUUUUCCACUCCAUCCUCUCUAAAGCCACAUCAGAAGGAUGGCUGGAUGCUUCCUUCUCAAACACUUCAGGUGAAGAUGGGCAACCACGAGCUGAGGAUGCAAAGUUGAAGCGCUACAAAGAGGAGGUUGUCACGGUUAUCCAUGAGUACUUCAACUCCGAUGAUAUCCCUGAACUGAUAAGGAGUUUGGUAGAUCUCGGUUUGCCAGAGUACAACCCGAUAUUCUUAAAGCGGCUUAUAACCCUUGCCAUGGACAGGAAAAACAGGGAGAAAGAGAUGGCAUCUGUUUUGCUCUCGGCUCUUCACAUAGAGAUCUUCUCGACAGAAGAUAUAGUUGAUGGCUUUGUGAUGCUAUUGGAAUCUGCAGAAGAUACAGCUCUCGAUAUCCUGGAUGCUUCGAAUGAGCUGGCCUUGUUUCUAGCCAGGGCUGUGAUAGACGAUGUGCUAGCACCUUUGAAUCUAGAGGAGAUAGGAGGCCAGCUGCCACCAAACUGCAGUGGGACAGAGACUGUAAAAAUGGCUCGAUCUCUCAUUACUGCUCGCCAUGCUGGGGAGAGGCUCCUGAGGUGCUGGGGAGGCGGGACAGGGUGGGCCGUGGAAGACGCGAAGGACAAGAUCAUGAAGUUGUUGGAGGAGUAUGAGAGCAGUGGGGGAGUAGGUGAAGCCUGCCAGUGCAUCCGCGACUUGGGAAUGCCAUUCUUCAACCACGAGGUGGUGAAGAAGGCGCUGAUCAUGGCCAUGGAGAAGAAGAACGACAAGAUGCUGGAUCUGCUCCAGGAGUGUUUCAACGAAGGGCUGAUCACCAUUAACCAGAUGACGAAAGGGUUCACCCGCAUCAAGGAAGGGCUCGAUGAUCUUGCUCUUGACAUACCAAAUGCAGAGGAGAAGUACGCUUUCUACGUCGAGUAUGCCCAGAAGAAGGGUUGGCUUCAGGCAUCCUUCUAGACCUAGAUGGCCUUUACUUGGGAAGCACGCUGGGUUUACAUGGUCCACUAGAUGAAGCUUCAAAGGAAGGGCCAGACGAGGAAAUUUGUGUUGCCAUCGAAGCCGAUGUACAAAGUUGGUUCUCGUCUUUACCAAUUAGGCUUUUAACUCUAGGAAUGAGCUGUUGUGCUGUCUGGAUUAUAGCAAUACGAUCUUUCCCCUUUGAUUGUUAAGAACUAUUGUUCCUCUGUCCUUCAUAUUAUGCUUCUAUCUUCACGGAUUGCUGUUCUUCAACCAGGUAUGGAUGUCUGUUUUCCGCGAGUUAAAUAUUGUGGAGAUACUGGAACACCGGUUGCAGAUUAAUAGAUGUAGCUGAAAAGCCUUUGUUACGGGAAAUACCGAAAUAGUGAAUUUGAUGGAAGGCAGAAAGUGAACGGAUUGCUGAGGAGUGGGAACUGGGAAGAGAAAGAGAAGCCCGAGAAAGAGUAUGGGUUAGGCCCGAAUUGGUCUG